AUGUGUGACACCCAACUCUGAGAAUCGGCCGCGUCACAUUCGUCUCGCGGUCUCCCUCUCUCUCUCUCUCUCUGGCUAGUCUCAGUUACCCCGUGGACGUCGGAGAGGGAGGAUGUUAGACUUUCUCCUCCGUGCCGCGCUACCGUGCCACACCCGCUCCAACGUUCCAGUUUGACGGCCCUCGGUUAGGUGAAUAGCAAGGAGUAACGAACGCUGAACAGUCGAAGAGGAAAAGGCAAAAGAAGAAGAAAACGAAAGAGAGAACAGAAGAAGAAAUAUAGAAAGAAGAAGAAAUAAGGAAGAAAAGGAAGAAAGUAACAACGAAAAGGGGAAGAAGAAGAAAAUGAAGAUGCCUUAUGUGUUGGAAAGAAGAGACGAAAACCAUGGGAUGAAGAUGGAGGGAGAAUGGAUGAGAAGAAGAGAAGAGGAAGAGGAGGAGAAGGAAGAAGAGGAAGAAAAUAACACAGACGACGAAAACCCACCAGACGAAGAAGAAGAAGAAAGAGGAAGAAGAAGAACAAGAGGAACAGGAAGAAGAAUAGAAGAAGGAGAAUAUGAAACAAAAGGAAAGUUAAUAUUGAUUGAACGAAUGAAAAUAACAAAGAAUGACGAAAAGGAAGAAGAAAAAGAAGAAAACGUUGACGAAAUAUGGAAAGAGGAAGAAGAAAAAGGAGGAGGAAGAGGAGGAGGAGGAGGAAGAGGAAGAAGAAGACUUAGACACCGUUGCUUCUUUCACCAUUGCUGUGGAGGAAGACAUCCGGAGGAGGAGGGGAAGAAAAAGAAGAAGGAGGAGAAGAAGAAGGAGGAGGAGGAGGAGGAGGAGAUGGAGGAACUUAUUAAGAGCGAAAGUAGAAUCUUGGAAACUCAAAAUAAUGAUAAUAAUAAUGUUGAUGAUGAUGAUGAUGGUGGUGGUGGUGGUGAUGAUGGUGAUGAUGGUGUUGAUAGACCGAACCAACCCUUUCCACCACCACCCUUCAACACCAUUCACCACCCAUCAACACCACACCACCACCACCACCCCCACCCAUACACACCCUGUCUCUGCUGUCACCCUAACCCCCCUCCCUGCCACCCCCCCUUCCAGUAUGACCUCCCCCCUACCUCCCCCUUCCCUACCCAUACCCCCAACACUUACCCCCACCACCCACCCAGUCAGCCAGUCACUCAGUCAGUCAGUCAGUCCACUCGUAACAUAUUCGUAUACCCAGUCAGUCAGCCAGGCUUUCACUCAGUCAGUCAACCAGUUAGUCAGUCAGGCAGUCAGGCAGUCAGUCAGCCUGUCACCCAAACCACACACUCACACGGUCAAUCUUUCUUUCAUCCAGUCAGUCACCCAGUCAACCACAACACCCACCCACACACUCAGGCUUUCUUUCACCCAGUUAACCCACUAUUCAGUCAACCAGUCAGUCAGUCCACCCAUAUCACAAACCCACACCCACAUACUCCGCCAUUUUUCCAACCAUAUCACCACCCAGUCAGUCAGUUAGUUAGCCCCCCAGUUACUUCACCAGGCAGGGAGAAGCGCCCCCCGUCCCCCUCCUUCGGGAAAAACUACAUCACAAGUCUAGCGUUUCUGGCAAGAGUUGAUCAUGUGGCGAGGGUGUUACUGGGGCGGACGGUAUCACUCAAAGAUUUGGCUGUGUCGCCCUCGCCUGCCCUGUCCCUAACGCUGCCCCCACCUGAAGAGAGAAGAGGAGGAGGAGAAAGAGGAGUAGAAGAAGGAGAGGAGAGAAAAACAGAUGAUGUGAUAGAUUAUGAGUUUACGAAUGGGAUAGCUAAAGAAAGAGAGAGAAGAAGAGGAGGAGGAGGAGAAAAAACAGGAGAUAUGAUAGAUUACGAGAGUGAAGAAGGGGAAAUAGAAGAAAGAAAUAGGAAAACAAGAGAAGAUGAAGAAAGAAGGACAAGAGGAGGAAAAGUUGUAAUAGAAAACCAAAUUAAAGAAGGAAAAGGAGGAAGAGGAGGAGGAGAAGAAGAAGGUAGGAAAGGAAGUUUAGUAUCAAGAGUAUUUACCGAACGAAGAAGAGAAGGAAAGAAUAAAGGAAAGGAGGAAAGAGGAAAUGACGAAGUAAAGGAAACGAGAGAAAUGGAAGAAGAAAUAAAGGAAGGGAGAAAAGGAGGAAGAGGAGAAAGAAGAAAAGAAGAAAAAGGGAGAGAAGAAAGAUCACCACCACCACCAUCACCACCUUUCACCUCCACCCAACACGAGGUCAAAGGUCAAGGUCGAGACUCACGUGACCUCCAGCGCCUUCAGGAGACCCUUGCCCUGUGUGGGGGUGGCGGGAAGGGGGAGCAGGAGGUCACGCCCCCCUUGAGACAGUACUGCAGGAGUCUUCUCCUGGUCGUCCUCUGCCCUGACAACCUUCCCCAUGAAGUUGCCUUGGUAGGAAACAGCGUACAGGAACUUGAGGGGAGGGCGUACAGCGAUCACAGUGGGAGCCAGGUAAGUGUGUGUGUGUGUGUGUGUGUGUGUGUGUGUGUGUGUGUGUGUGUGUGGGGGAGGGGGGGGGGAAAGGAAGGAAGGAAGGUAUUGAGUCGUUUGUGUGGAAGGAAGGGAAGGAAAGGAAGGGAAGGAAGGGAGAGUCAUUUGUGUGGAAGGAAGGAAGGAAGGAAAAGUCGUUUGUGUAGAAGGAAGGAAGGAGGAAAAGAAGGUAAAUAAUGUGUGAAGGAAGGA